UGUUUCAUUUCAAUUUUAAAAACCAAACGCUUAAAAAAACACCCGUUAUAAAUAGCCUCUUUUGCAGCAUCGAAAAGCGCCAUAUAUUCUGCCUCGGUACUGCUUAGAGCCACAGAUUUUUGCUUCCUUGAUGUCCGUGAGAUUACUGAGCCGCCCCACAUGAAUGCGUAUCCAGUGUAGGACUUUCGAUAGAUAGUUGAGUCACCUGCCCAAUCUGCAUCUGCAAAGCCUGUGAUCGCAGCGCCGGUCUUCUUGUACGUUAUUGCCAUAUCUACCGUCUGGUUCAGAUAUCUCAGCACUUGUUUCGCUGCUGCGAGAUGCUCGCCAUGGGGAUCCUCUGUGAUAAUUUGCACACCGAGUGCAAAAUGUCUGGUCGUAUAUACAUCAAAGAGCCUAUUACGGAUUGAUACUCCGUAGCAUCGAUGCGUUUGCACGACUUGUUGUCGCACUUAACCUGGAAAUUAGCUUCUAACGGGGUGGAUACCGUGCGGCAAAUCUCCAUGCCCAGUUGCUUCAACAGGCUUCUAAUAUGCAUACUCUGGCUGAGACGUAUAGCCUCUUUGUCACCAUCACGUUGGAUUUCGAGACCCAGAAAGUGUGUAAUCGGUCCUUUGUCGACAACCUGAAAUUCAGAAGAGAUAGCCUGUUUAGUAGCUAACAUCUUACCCUUGUCUGAACACGCAAGCAGCAAGUCAUCAACAUAUACGGCUAUUACGUCCAUCGUCUUAUCUGGUGCACAUCUUGUGUAUAGGCAUGGCUCACUUUCACAUUUCAUAUCCCAACUUUCUCAGAACAGCAUCCAACGUUGUGUUCCAAACUCGGCCAGCUUGUUUUAGACCGUACAACGACUUUUUUAGCUUCAGCACACCGCCAGAUUUGUCAUCGUAAAACUCCGGUUGCUGCAUAUAGACCUCUUAUCCAAGAUCUCCAUUCAAGUAUGACGUCGUUACAUCGAUUUGAAGAACGUAUAGUUCAUAUUCCGCUGCCAUUGCAAGGAUCAUCCGUAUCACCACCGGUGAAUAAGUCCCUUUGUAAUCUCUUCCAUAUUUCUGGCUGCACCCUUUCGCCACGAGCCUUGCCUUGUGUCGGUCGAUUUCUCCAGUUGCAUUCUCUUUCAGGGUAAAUAUCCAUUUGCAUCCAAUGGGUUUCACACCAGCUGGUAAUUUAACUUGUUCCCAUGUAUUGUUUCGCAGUAAGGCUUCAUAUUCAUCUUGCAUUGCUGUAUUCCAUUUCUCUGCUUGUUGACUCGUUAGUGCUUGUUGCACUGUUUCUGGUAUUUCUACGUUAGUUGCCAACAUUACAUUCAGAAAAUUAUAUUGUUUGGUUGGUCGUCCUCGUAGACCCGUUCUGACUAUUUUUGGUCUGCCUGGUCCCCUUUGUUCUGCAGCUCACGCAAACUUUGCACAUUUAAAUUACCAUAUCGCAUAUGCCAUUUUUCAAGCUCAUCGGAGGCUUUAGAAACACACAGUCUCUCUUGAUUUUUAGUUUCACACAGAAACAAUCCACAGACCUUUUUGGCCAUUAAUAUAUUGAUGCCCUUAUCGUCAUUAACUUUGGUAGUUCCCGAAUUGAAAAGUACGGUGCAUCCAUUUGAAACCGCGUUUCCCACCGAUAUUUAAAUUGCAUUGCAAGCCUGGUACAAAUAAAACGUCUCUGAGCGUUAUUGUGUACCCAAGUUUGCUAUGUACAAUCACUGUUCCUCUGCCUUGUGACGUCAUAAAAUAAUUUCCUGCCAACUCAAUAAUACAUCACAUGUGUGAUGUCGCGCCACUAUCGAUAACCCAAUCAUCGAUAUCCAUCCGAUUGUUAGUGGCAACGCCAGCAAUAGAUCGUUGCCCCUCUUUAUUCUUCCAAUAUUCGCAUAUUCCGCUCUUUUUCCCGCCUCUCACAUUGGCGUUGUUUUCAUUCUCUUCUUUCAUCGCGCAUUUUGCCACGAAAUGUCCUGGUUGGCCACAUUAAAAGCAUCGGCGCCUGUCUGCCUCUGACUUGUUGUCUCGUCGCUUACCCCUCUCACCACCGAUAGAGCAUGCUGCGAAUGCCUGUACAACAUCGUUUUGAUUGUUCGUCUUUCGUCGUUAAUUUUCUUCGGCUAGCUUGCAUUUUAUGGUACUGAAACUCGGCAACUCAUCACGAGCUUCCAAGGCCACGACAAAGUUCUCAUAAGACAUGGGCAAACUCGCAAGCAACAAAAUUACGGUAGACUCUUCUGGCAAACUUACAUCGAUCACCGACAAAUUUUCAACAAUGUUUGAAAAUUCCAAUAUGUGUUUUUGCACGCUGUCACCUUCAGCCAUUCUUUUGUUUAAUAACUGCUUAAACAGGGUCACUUUUCUCACUGGACAUGUUGGUCGAUGGAACUUUUCUAGUUCUUUCCAUAUCUCGCUAGAUCUUUCGCAUUCAUUUUUCUUGCAAUGUCCGUUAUACCGAGAAAAAAUAUACGAAUCUUGAACACUCAAUACUUUCACACUAUUUUUUAGUGAAUACACUUAACACUGAGGCCCAUAACCUGUUGGUUUGUGAAAAGUGUAGAACUACAACGUUUGGUUGCUUAGAUGAGAGUGAGCUCAAUUUUAUUAUACAUAAUGUAGUAGGAGAGACGGUCACACUUGCUCUCUUGCUACUCUUCGAUCCCAGUAUUUUAAUUGACUCUCGGAGAGAGGGAAGUUUAGCGCAUCUGUCGUGUGAGUCAGUCGUUGCUGAGCGUUGAGGAGUGUGAGACAGAUAUCAAGAUAACUACGAUAAAUAAUAACUAUAAUAAACACUAACUACAAUAAGUACAUUACGAAAUAAAAUAAACUACAAUUAAUUUAAAGCACAUAAAACGCGAAUCUCUUAAACACCCUGACAUCGGUCAAUUCAUCUCCCGCCCACAAUAUCAGAAGUGGUGAACUUUAACACAAUGGACAUCAACAUUGAGGCUCACAAUUUGCCAACUUUGAAGAAGUGGCUGGAGCUGUUGGACUUGCCUACAACAGGGUCAAAGGCCGAGCUUGUGGCGCUCUUAAACGAUGUUCCAGUGGAUCGACGAGGAGCUUGUUCCAUAUCUAUUGAACUGAGACUGUCGAGGAAAGUACAGAAGACGAAAGUAACUGUCAACUGUCAGAGACCAAAAAUGAGAAAGAGGGAGACAACAACACUGAUGUCUUGCUGAAAAAAUUGUGCGAUUUACUGCGACCACAAUUGUUCGACAUAGUGGCGCCUCAACGCCAGACACAAAACGAAACGCACGAUUCAGUGCCGACGCAACGACGGUUGCGCGAACGAGAGCGGCAGCGAAAACGAGAUGGCAGCAGAACUGAUUGGCGCGCAAACCAGCGUCGUGAACCAGAACCAAUUGGCGCGCAAUACCAGCGUCGUGAACCAGUGUUGGUAAACCAACUCUCGGAGGAAAUGUUGGAAAGCAGUUUUUCGUCAGCUGGAAAAUUCCAAUUAGCGAAGGAAGCGUUGUUGGAAUUUAAUGGGAACUCGUGUGGAAAGAAAUGGCUCACGCAGCUGACAAAUAUAAGCGGUGUAUAUGGAAUCAAAGGUGUACAAAUGCACAUGCGUCUAGUCUCCAAACUUAAAGGACGGGCUCAUGAGUGGCUUCAUGCCAAUGGUACGCGCAUUUUGGAACCCGUGGACAACAUAUGUGAGCACCUUGUCGAGUCGUUCGGGAAAACUGUGUCUCAAGCAGAUGCCAGGCGCCUAUUCGAGUCUCGAAUUUGGAGCGCCAAUGAGAGUUUCGUUAGUUACAUCGAUGAGAAGGCCAGGCUGUCAGAUGCUAUCUGCAUCAGCGAAGAGGAGCGAGUAGACAAAGCCAUUGAAGGGAUUCCUGUGGAGGGACUCCGCAUUCAAGCGCAGAUUCAAGGAUUGAAGUGGAUUGCAGAAUUGCGCCGUGCAUUUUCAGGCAUUCAGAUACCGGUACAGCGAGCAGCAAGAGAAUCUACAAAGGUGGCCGCUAAGGGCAGACGUUCCAAAGAAGAUUUCCGUUGCUACAACUGCAACUCGAAGGGCCACAUGAGCAAGGACUGUAUGAAACCCGACAGAGUGCCAGGGUCCUGCUUCGGAUGCGGUGCCUUGGAUCAUUGGGUGGCUAAGUGUCCACUUAAUAAAGAGAAGCUAGCUAAAGGAUGCGAUGACCAUGCUUCAUAGACUCAGGCAGUGAUGUUUCACUUAU